CGUAUUAGGUUUGACCCGACCCUAUUAUCCUCAGUCUACAGCUGGGAAGCAAAAGACACACAUCGUCCGGCUAAAAAAUAAAAAAAAAAUAAAUGAAACAAUAUUAAAUAAAGUGAAAAAAAUCUGAAAAAAGUCGAGACGAACAUUUGGACGAUGUCCAACGUUAUUAAGAAGGUGAUUCCCAUGCUGGAUCGCAUCCUGAUCCAGCGCUUCGAGGUGAAGACGACCACUGCUGGAGGCAUCCUGCUGCCGGAGGAGUCGGUGCCCAAGGAGAUGCAGGGCGUGGUGGUGGCCGUCGGACCAGGAGCCCGCAAUCCGGCUGGAGCGGGACACCUCUCCGUUGGCGUCAAGGAAGGCGAUCGCGUGCUGCUGCCCAAGUACGGAGGCACCAAGGUUGACAUGGACGACAAGCGCGAGUAUGUGCUGUUCCGCGAGAGCGAUAUCCUGGCCAAACUGGAGUAACCUUGCAGACAAGAACCUUUAACACAAUCCAAACCAAACUAACACAAUAAUGCUGUUAAAAACCUCGUCCACACUCGCCACCGCCACUUGCACCACUUAUCCCGGCGCAGACUUCUGUAAUUUGCUUCCGGAUUGCGUUCGAAACUAAAUGAUUACGAUGAAAUGUUCUAUUUGGUAGCUUGCCAGCAAACACUUUACACCACUCAUUAUCCGCUGGCAAAAUGUAAUAUGUCGCGCUUGCUCCCAUUGUAUCUUAACACACACUAUUUCGUGUAAGGGCAGUCCAAUAAAACAUUGUUCAGGUGCGUUGUGAAUUAAA